AUGUCUACCCUAGUCUUGACUCUCGACUCCAGCGUGAUGACGGUGAACGGACCGGACGACGUACUCCAAGGACAAAAGCUCCGUUUGACCUCGAAAGAGAGCUUGAAGGACCUGGAGACAGCAAUACAUGCGGCUGCUGAAUCCCGUCGUUGUGGAGUUCGAGAAGGCAUCCUCGUGACCCGAAAGGCUUCGUCGACUCUGAUCUCGUUGGACCUCAGAGAUGAAAUUGUAAGGAAGUCUGCCGGACCCAACGACAUAGGGCGAGACAUGGACCCAGAUCAUGAGUCCCAUACCGUGGCAAAUGGGCAGUCUGCAGGUCACGUUGCUUUUGUCAGCGGAACGACUUGCAAUGAAGCAGUGGUCCAAGGAGACCAAAGUCAAACAGUCUCGGCGAAUGCAAUAACGAUUGUGCAUCAGGAUAAUGUCCCCGGAAACAGCGAGGUGGGAUCAUCUCCCAGCCGGGGACAUCAAGAACAGUCGCAGCGUCCUAUGGGCCAGGCGAAAGCCAUGUGCACAGAGGACCAGAUUGAGUCUCUGAGUGAGACAGAAGGCAAACCAGAUGCGCAAAAAGUACAGAACGCCGAUGCUUUUCAGAUAAACAGAGUUCCUGAAAAUGUCAUCGAAAAGUCCGACCAAAAUGUACGACGAAAUUUGCCAUAUCAACUACGCAGCUUGUCCAGCAAAACAAAACCACCCGCCCGAUUUACGAACACCCAAGAAUCUCUGAUGUUCCACCGACGAAAACCCGGACAGAAGGUAUACACAUCCCAUUCCAAGGCUGCCGUCGACUGGGAUGAGGACCUUCGACAGAGCAGUGACAACCUUGAUGGAACGGUGGAGAAAGAAACAAUAAGCUCCAUAUCAUCUCCAUUCCCCGGAGAUGGGUCUAUCUUCGAUAGACGAACCAGCACAGCGAAAAGGAAGAGAGAUCCAGUGGGAAAAGCUUCCUCCAAGAAGAAAAGGAAGACAAACCCAAGACCCCGCAAGAAGGAUGUAGGGACAACAGCUCCCGGUGAUGAGCAAUCAAGAGCUUCACGUCAGGACAAGGCGGAAAGGGAAGCAGACGAUGCAGAAUGGAGUAGUGCAGAUGACGCACAAACAGGCCAUUCUGGAUCAAAGUCAGAAGAGAACCACGACCCCCUCACAAACCAUGACCAGAGGCAUAUAGAGAGAGGAGGCCUCAACACAGCACAAUAUACACUUACUACGCUCAAAGCUACGGACGCACACAACAUGACGGAGCUGAUCAAGGACAGUACCGGCAGUGACAAAGGGGCAGAUAUUGCGGUCGAGGAGAAUGUUGGCGUUGGCAACGCUACCGAUAAAACAUCUCACGAGGAGCACAAAGACUCGUUAGCCACCAAUGAAUAUGGACCAGGGGGCAGAGGAAAGGCAGUCGGUCGAAAAUUAACAGCAGCCUUCAAAGAUUUCGAUACACAAGGAAAUGAAGGAUCUUUUGAACAGAGAGUAUGCGACGAAGCAGCACACAGCAUACCUCUAUCGGCUCCUGAUGAAGGUGUGGAAUCGGUCCACUCUACAGAGUUGUCAAGGAUCCACCAAUAUAGUACCCAAAGGUUGGAACCCACAAUACCGAGGUCACCGUGUUGGAACACGAUGGUGAGCCAGAGUCCCAGGUCUAGCAUGAGGACCGAGAGCAAUGAACUGGACAACCCGGCCCAGUCUACGGUCUUCUUCGAUCCCACACAUAUUGAGAUGUCUCGAAUAGGCGGAAGCAGACCAAGGAGCGAAGUAAAACAGUGGAAAAUCUCAAUCUCUGCCGGUGGGAAGAGUCGGAAUACUACUUCUGAGGAAGAUGGAAGAAGAGAUUUGAAAGAUGCUGCCCGACGUAGGUCUUUACCUAGGGAUUUGCGGCGAAUACCUGCCCCAAUUCUGCAAAGCAGUAGUACCCCCAAAAGGAUGAUGGUCGACAAAAAUGGAAGCCCACAGAUGAUUCGUCGUGGUGCAACUGCAUGCACUACACUACAGGAGAGCAGUAUACAGAGCAAGGUAGGAAUGCGGAUGAAGCCUGUCCAGUUGGUGUUUCAGGGCCAAGGGAAAGGUAACGAGUCGGGAUAUGAUGGAGGAUCCGAGACGGACGCUACAGAGGAAGCUCCUGAGCGUGACGGACAUGUUUCAUCCUCCCCCUUGUGCUACCAUUCUCCAGCCCAUCCCUUAUUGGAAAGAGCCGCGGCGCCAGCGGGAACGCUAGAGGGCCUGGAUAUCGAUCAAGUGGUUCAGACUGACUCGAAAUCGACGUGCGAACUACUGGAGACGGCCCACAAGAGGACCCAGAGCAUGCUAUUGGCUUCUAGUCAGCGUCUUGCGUGUCAAUUGGAGGACGAAAAGAAGGCAGUCAACCAGGUGCUGGAGGUGUAUCAGCGGCAGUGCCACCAAGUGCUCGACGAACUUUUCAAGACGCAGGAAGAACGGAUCCGACUGUGCGAGCAACAGGCGGAAAGCAUCCGAACCCACCACGCGAGGAUCUGCCAGGGACUAAUCAAUCGGUUGGAAGCGAACGGAAGAAUGGCGCACAAGCGAACAUUGCCCGAUCUCCCAGCUAGUCAGAAAGACGCGGCAAUGGAUCAUGAUUGA